CCUGAGCAGGGGGGGGACUGACGGACCACAGCUGCUUCUGUUUCCAGCGACCCCCACGUACGAGUACAUGACGUCAUUCCAGGCUCCUGGGACUGCUUUAAUUUGACCAACAAUCUGGGCAGCUUUUUUUCCCCUGGUCACUGACUGUAAUUGCAGGCACAUUUGGGCAGCUUUUUUGUUUGUUUGUUUGUUUGUUAGUUUUUUUUGCAACCUUUUGCUGGGAUUCUAACUCGGAGGCUGAAAUUUGGGGGUGACUGCACGAUGGCCCUGGGCUCCCCUGACCCCGAGGAUAGCCACGGACUCGGCAAAAAGCCCACGGAUUCUCUCUCCGUCCACACCACCCUGCACUCCAACUUCUUCCUCUCGGAAAACGUCAUCAACGUGGUGGAGAAAUGCAUGAGCUCCAUGCAGACCGGGACCCAGAUGGUGAAGCUGAGAGGCGGCUCCAAGGGCCUGGUGCGCUUCUACUACCUGGACGAGCACAAGUCCUGCAUCCGCUGGAGACCCUCCCGGAAGAACGAGAGAGCCAAGAUCUCCAUAGACUCCAUCCGGGAGGUGUGUGAGGGCAAGCAGUCCGAGAUCUUCCAGCGCUAUUCGGACGGCAGCUUCGACCCCAACUGCUGCUUCAGCAUCUACUACGGAGAGCACAUGGAGUCCCUGGACCUGGUCUCCACCAGCGGGGAGGAGGCCCGCACCUGGAUCACCGGCCUCAAGUACCUCAUGGCCGGCAUCAGCGACGAGGACAGCCUGGCCAAGAGGCAGCGCACGCGAGACCAGUGGCUGAAGCAGACGUUUGCGGAGGCGGACAAAAACGGCGACGGCAGCCUGAGCAUCAGCGAGGUCCUGCAGCUGCUGCACAAGCUCAACGUCAACCUGCCCCGGCAGAAGGUCAAGCAGAUGUUCAAGGAGGCAGAUACGGAUGAAAACCAGGGCACACUGGGGUUCGAGGAGUUCUGCACCUUCUACAAGAUGAUGUCCACCCGUCGAGACCUCUACCUGCUCAUGCUCACCUACAGCAACCACAAGGACCACAUGGACACGGACAACCUCACCCGCUUCCUGGAGGUGGAGCAGAAGAUGACGAACGUGACGAAGGAGCACUGCCUGGAGAUCGUGAGCAAGUUCGAGCCCUGUCCCGACAACCAGCAGCAGGGGGUUCUGGGUAUCGACGGAUUCACCAGCUACAUGCGCAGUCCGUCAGGGGACAUCUUCAACCCGGAGCACUACGAGGUGAACCAGCCCAUGACCCAUCCCCUGUGCGACUACUUCAUCGCCUCCUCCCACAACACCUACCUGAUGGGGGACCAGCUCAUGUCCCAGUCCAGGGUGGACAUGUAUGCCUGGGUGCUGCAGGCAGGCUGCCGCUGUGUGGAAGUGGACUGCUGGGACGGCCAGGACGGAGAGCCCAUCGUUCACCACGGGUACACCCUGACCUCCAAAAUCCUCUUCAAAGACGUCAUUGAAACCAUCAACAAAUACGCCUUCGUCAAAAACCCGUACCCGGUGAUCCUGUCCAUAGAGAACCACUGCAGCGUGCCCCAGCAGAAGAAGAUGGCGCAGUAUCUGAUGGAGGUGCUCGGUGACCAGCUGGACCUGUCCACCGUCAACAUGGACGAGUCCGGCCGCCUGCCCUCCCCCGAGGGCCUGAAGGGGAAGAUCCUGGUCAAGGGAAAGAAGCUCCCGUCGAACAUCGACGAGGACGCGGAGGAAGGAGACGUGUCGGACGAGGACAGCGCAGACGAAAUGGAGGAUGACUGCAAGCUGAUGAACGGAGACACUUCCAUGAACAGAAAGCAGGUGGAGAACGUGGCGAAGAAGAAGCUGGACUCUCUGAUGAAGGAGUCUAAGAUCCGGGACCGGGAGGACCCGGACAACUUCACCAUCACAGCCCUGCCCCCCUCGGGCAAGCUGCACGAGCCGGGCCUCAAGCCCAAAGGCAGCCCCAGCUCAGGGGGAAGACCCUCGGGUAAAGGUGACGACGGCACAGACACGGCGGAUGAGGCCACGCCCAACACUAACAAGCGGCUGGGCCGGUCCUUCAUGGGCAGCUUCUCCAAACGCAAGAAAAAGACAGCCAAGCUGAAGAAGACGUCCAGCCUGGAGGACACGGACACGGACCAGGAGAGCUCCAGCAGUGCCUCCAAAGCCCCGCUCCAUCACAGCAGGAAGAAGAAGACCAUGAAGCUCUCCAGGGCCCUUUCUGACCUUGUCAAGUACACCAAGUCCGUGGGCGUGCACGACAUCGAAGCGCAAGCGAGUGCCUGCAGUUGGCAGGUCUCCUCGUUCAGCGAGACCAAGGCCCACCAGACCAUGCAGCAGAAGCCGGCCCAGUUCAUCCACUUCAACCAGCGGCAGCUCUCCCGCAUCUACCCCUCCUCCUACCGCGUGGACUCCAGCAACUUCAACCCCCAGCCCUUCUGGAACUCCGGCUGCCACCUGGUUGCGCUGAAUUACCAGUCCGAAGGCCGCGUCCUGCAGCUGAACCGAGCCAAGUUCUACAGCAACGGCAACUGUGGCUACAUCCUGAAGCCCGCGUGUAUGUGUGAAGGUGCUGCCUUUAACCCGAUGCUGGACGACCCGCUACCGAACCGACUGAAGAAGCAGCUGGUGCUGAAGAUCAUCAGCGGCCAGCAGCUACCCAAGCCGAAAGACUCAAUGCUGGGGGACAGGGGGGAGAUCAUCGACCCCUUCGUGGAGGUGGAGAUCAUCGGCCUGCCUGUGGACUGCUGCAAGGAGCAGACCAGGGUGGUGGACGAUAACGGGUUUAACCCCAUGUGGGAGGAGACCCUGGUCUUCACCCUGCACAUGCCGGAGAUCGCCCUGGUCCGCUUCCUGGUGUGGGACCACGACCCCAUCGGGCAGGACUUCAUCGGACAGAGGACCAUCGCCUUCACCAGCAUGAUGACAGGUUACCGGCACGUGUAUUUGGAAGGUAUGGAGGAGGCUUCCAUCUUUGUUCAUAUAGCCGUGAAUGAAAUCAGUGGUAAGGUCAGACAGGUCAGCGGUAUAAAAGGACUGUUUCACAGAAACCCAAAGCAGGCUUCCCUGGACAGCCAUGCUGCUGUGCAUCUCGCUCGUAAGCCCACGUUCGGGGCUCACCUCCUGCGCCGGACUGCCAGCGCCCCCACCAAGGGCCAGCCCAAGGUCAAGAAGGGCUUCCCCGAGAUCUCCAUCGACACCAAAGACUUCAGCUCCGAGGGCGGCAGCGAGGAGCACCAAUCGGAGGCGGCCUCCCGCCCCCGAUUCGACAGCGAGGGGGGCAGGGCCGCGCCCCGCGGACCGGACGGCACCAACGGGGAGCUGCAUCCCGCCAGCGAUAAAGGUAAGAGCCGCAGCGCCGCCGGGCUCCACAGGGGGGCGCUGAGCGAGCCGCUCAGGCGGGCCAAUCGGAUGCGGCCGCGCGACCCCGGGGACCGGAAGCCCGGCGUGUUCGCCCGCGUGGCGGUCAGCGGCACGGCCCGGGCGGGCGUCACCUCCAACUGCAUCAAGUGCGUGAUUGGCUCCAAGGAGAGCCCGGAGCCGGAGAAGAAGGUGACCUCGGCGCCCGUUCCGCCCCCCAGCCCCGUCCUCCCCAGACGGGCGAGAGCCGUAUCUGAACCCCCGCUGGUCGAACCCAAACCGAUCGGUCCUGAGCCAAUCGAACCCGAACCCGAGCCCCUGUCCUGCCCUGAGCCCCUGGCCGAAAGGCCAGCGGUGCCCCCGCCCCUGCCACGGACCCUCCCCAAACCGCUGCCCCGGUCCCGGGGCCGGCAGACGCUGGACGCCCCCCUGGGGGCCCGUGGCUGUGUGGACCCCUCGACCCGAAACGCGCGGUCCUCCAGCGUGCCGCGCCGGCGCUUCCCCUCGGCGGUGACCCCGGUGCCGGACGCCCGGGCCAGCCUGCGCUGGCAGUGCCCCUCCCGGCCCGCCUGCCGCAGCCUGCCCAAGGCCCCGCGUGGGGCCCCCGCCCUCUCAGACAGCGACUCCAGCAGCUGUGACAGUGUGGGGGGGCCCCUGACGCCCCCGCCCCUGCCCCCCCGGAACCCCGAGCCCCGGCGCCGGGCAGCCGGCACGCUGCAGCGGGAGAUGAACGCCCUCUUUAUCCAGAAAAUGGAGGAGAUCCGCAGUAAAUCCCCCAUGUUCUUCACCGACCCGCCCACAUUGCCGAGAUCGUCCACUCCCCUGCAGCCCCUGGAAACCAUUGCUGAGGAAUCAGAGGAGAGGAACCCGUCUCGCAACCCCUCCGUCUCCUGCCCCGGGGAGCCUCUCCGCCCCGACCCUCCCACGGCAAUAACCCCCUCCCCUCCACCUCCCGCCCCUCCCCACGGAGCGGGGGGCCCGGGGGGAGAGUGCCGGGAGCCCCGCCCGCGCCCUCCUGUAGACUCCUCCUCAGAGCCUGUCCUCCAGGAGGGCAGCACUGGCAGAACUGUCGAUAGAGAGCCGGGGGCCCCCUCCCCGCCCCCUCCUGACCUCAGCCUGAGGCCCUGCACCCCCCCUGACCUCUCCCCGAGGCCCUGUACCCCCCCUUCGGACCAGGACGUCCAGGGCGAGGAAGCUCUGGGCAGUAAUGCCGCUUCGGACGGGGAGGAUCCGGCAUCUCUGAUUGGUCAGAGGGCCGGCGAGGCCCCUCCUCCUGUGGGAAGCUCCUCCCAGAGGGGGCAGGUCCCCAGAGGCCCCGCCUCCGGCACGCCGGUCCGGAGGACCAAAAGCGAGGGGCACGUGCGGGCGGCGUGCGCGGGGAACGGGCAGUGGGCCGUCCCGGAGGUGUGCACGGACGCCACGCUGAACGACCGGCUGUGGAGCCGGCUGGAGGCGGGCAGCCACCGGGACAGCGUGUCCUCCUCCUCCAGCCUGUCCUCCAACGACACCGUCAUCGACCUGUCCCUGCCCAACCUGGCCCGCAAGAGCCUGCCGGGGCUGCCCUCCGCCGGCGAGCCGCCCGAGGAGGGGGCCCGGGCCGGCCGGCCGCGCUCCGGCCUGGCGGGGUACGGCUGCGACGUGCCGCGGGUCACCAAGAGCAAGUCCAACCCCAACCUGCGGGGCGGGGAGGCCGCGGCCCGGGAGGGGGACGAGCUGCGGCCGCGCGCCCUGGCCAAGGAGCCCCCGCGGGACCAGGGCCGCCUCACUCAGCGCCGCCACACCUGGAGCCGCCUCUACAUGGAGGGCCUGAAGCAGGCCUCGUCCUCCGCCCGCAAGCCCCCCGCCGUCCCCGCCGGCAAGCCCGGGCACGUCGACCCCGCGGCCAAGUCCAAGAGCCUGGGCGACCUGACCUCGGACGACAUCGCCUGCAACUUCGACAGCAAGUACCGCAGCAUCAGCCGGAGCUUCGUCGUGCGGCCGCACCGCGACCAGCGCCGGCCCCGCCCCAAGACCCCCGACAACCUGCAGGAGCAGCUGCGCCGCCUGACGGACGUGGAGCCCCUGACGGCCAGCGACUUCGCCCCCGCCGGCCGGAAGGGCGACCGCGAGCAGCAGCAGCAGGAGGAGGAGGGGGAGGAGGAGGAGGAGGCCCAGGCGGUCCCGCUGCGGCGGUCCUCCUCGCGGAGCCAGAGCCGGGUGCGCUACAUCGCUAACAGGGCCAAGCAGGCGCAGGAGAGGCAGAGGCUCCUGGGCCUGGCCCGGCAGAACGGCAGCCCCAUCGAGGAGCGGGGGAACCCCGAGGGGGCCUGCACUGUGGCCCGGAGCCCCUGCGCCAGCCUGGACCUGCUGAGCCAGCUGCCCUCGCUGCCCCCCGCGCUCAGCUCCCCCGACGACGAGGUCUUCUUCACGCUCAAACUGUGAGACCACGUUCAAAAAAAUAAUUUACAAAAAAAUAAAAAAAGAUCCGCACUUGAACUUCACCUUCACCCGAUUCUCCCCCCCCCCCCCUUUGUGAAGAGACCCGUUUUAACAUUUCCUCACAUUUUAAAAGCAAUGGAUACUGUAGAGAUGUUUCUGUUUUGUUUUUUUUGUUGUUGUUUUUUUUUUUUUUUAUCCGUUCGUCUUGAUAGAACAUUUUUCGGUCAAGCACUGAAAGCAGUAUAGGCUGGCUAAUACCCCUCCAGCUGUCCGUCUCCAUGGAGUACCUGCACCACAACCGCAUGCGUUCUGCUCACGUUCUUCCGUUUCCUCUCCCCUUCUGAGAAGCCUGAAUUACCGUUAUAAUUACACACAAGAUAAUAUUAAAAAAUGUCACAUUAGGCCAUACUGUUAUUAAGACGAAACUAACAGCGAUGUUCAGUGUCGGUUUGUGAACAGAUAACCCGAACCUAGUUGGCCGUCUGUGUCAUUCUGGAUCUGACCGAGACGUUCAGCCCGCAACACCUUUAUACAGUUGUUUUCUUAAAGCGAAUAUCUGUUCACGCGUUGUGAAUAUUGUCCACGAAAUUACUACUGUACAUUUAUACUGGAUUUUUAAAAUAAAAUAUAUUUUAACAGACACUAAUGGGGGAAAAAAUGGCCACAGUAUGUUGUUUGCUGAGUCCAUUUUGAUCGACCACAACCUUAGCAACUGAUGUGUCUUUGUUAAUUGGCAUGGUUAAAAUGUAGCAACAGAUUUGUUUUAGGCCUGGAUUACGAUAUUCUACUGUAUGACUUCGUCCUCCUUGUUUUUAGUUUUUUUAAAUUAUUAAAUUGUGAGACAGACAAUAUGUACUGUAGUUCAGCUAUUUUUUAGCAAUAUUUUAAUAAUUGUUAUUGGUACAAUGUGGCAGUAUUGAAGAAGAUACGACAUUUGGGAGGUAAAGACUAGAUCACUACAGAUGUAAUUUCGUCGACAGUACAAGACAGGCGGACUUUAACAAGUUACACCAUGUCACAUAUUAAUGGUGUUUUUUUAAAAUGUUAUUUUUUAUUCUAUGCGUAUGUAGUAUUUCUUCCUUUACAUUUUAAUAGUUGGCUAUUAUGUGAAUAAUGUGUGAUUUGUGUAAACUGCCAAUUUGGUUGAAAACUGUGAAUACACAAGGCAUGUGCUCACAAACUGUCCUUUAUACUUGACUGUAUUGCACACGGAGGCAGAUGAUCGUUUUUCAGGUCAUGAAAUUGCUCCUGUAGUUUCCCCAUUUUUAAAAUCUCAUUGCAUGUUGCCGAGGAAUUUGUCCGUUUUAAAUUUUUAAUUUCGCUGGGCUAAAAUGACUCCGUGCUCAGUGAGGUGCUGCAUGCUAUUCAGCAUCACACUAAACCGUUUAAAUUUUAGAUGUUCAUUUAUAGCAGGGCUUGAUCCAGAGCAUGUCUCCAUCUACGGUUUGCUCUGCCAUACAACAUUUUCGGGACAAUAUUUAAAUGUAACCAUAUGUAAUUAGAAAUAUAAUAAAUAUAUAUAAAGUUUUUUUUUGUUUUUGUUUUUGUUUUUUUUACAUUUUAUUUUGAGUAAUAACUUCUGUCAUCCGUCUAUGUUGAAUGAUAUAGCUGUAUAAUUUUGCAUAGGAAACGAUUUUGUCGACUGUGUAUAUUAUUUCCAAGACCAAUGACAUGCAAAAAAUCUGUAUAUCUGGACUUUCAAUCAAUGAAUGUAAAUGAACAUGAAUUGAAUAAAAGCAUUUAAUCUUUACA